CUUAAAUAUUUACCUCAAUUAUUUCACACUAAAGGCCGGAUUUAUAUCCAGUAAAAACCAUCAGUCCAAACUAAAUAAAUCCCGAAAUACCAAAAGUGAACCGUAAUCGGAUGUCUCGAAUUAAAUUGCGCAAACUAAUCAAAAGUCACGUUCGAGAUAUUUGAUGUGGGGAUGGGUUGAGUCGCAAUCGCCGUGUACUUGGCUAGUUUUAGUUGACGUUGCUAUUAUUUGAAACCAUUGGCACCUGCUGAAAACGAGAUAUUUUUAGACGUGACGUUCAAUUGCCAAUAGCCCAACAUGCAGCGACGUCAGUAAUGUAAUUCACGGUGACCAAUAUGCAACUAUAAAAGCAGCCGUACUUGCGAAUUCAUUUCACAGAUAUCACUUCUGAUCUUCAAAACAGUUUAAUACAGCACUCGCUGAAAUCUUCUUCAUCAUGAACUUUAAGGUAUUGAACAUCUUGUUUUUGAUCGCCUUGGUUUUUGUCUUCACGACGACAACAGCCAAUCCAGCAGCAGAGAAACAUGUUACCGAAACGGCCCACAAAUCUGAACACGCUUCGGAGGGUCACGCAAAGGCUGGAAUGCUCUAUGCCGUCCAUCCCGUCGAAAACGUGGAGGACCCAAAGAAACACGAGCCCAGUCGUCAAAGCGAAAGCUGCCCAGCAGCACGAGACAGGUGCCCGACUACCCCGACUACCCCGACUUCCCCGACAACCCCGACUUCCCCGACAACCCCGACAACCCCGACAACCCCGACAAUCCCGAUUUCCCAGUUUUCCCAGUUUUCCCAGUAUUCCAAGUAUUCCAAGUAUUCCAAGUAUUUCAAGUAUUUCCAGAUUACUGACUACCGACUACGACGACUACACUGACUACAUUG